AUGACUCUGAAUCUUGCCUUUGCGCUCGGUAAGUUUGGUGGUAUUAAAGUUAGGUUGAAGUGGCCCAAGAUGCAUAUCAGUCGACAGCUAGAGAGUACAUGAAGCUCCUGAUUGAAGUACACAGUGUUUAUCAAAGAAUCUUUGGUGGCUGUUUCAGAACUCAUCUGUCUCUACUUAAUUUUGUGUGUUAAAUUGUAGAAUACUCUGUCCCCCUUAUUUCCCUCACAGACAAAUAAAACUAAGGCCUCCUUUAAAAAAAAACUUUCAAAUUUACUUCGUUCUGCAAAAACUGUAUUCUAAGAUCGUUUAUUUUUUUGUUUCUUAUCUUUCUUUUAAAUCUGGAAAUACCAGAAGUUUUAGCCCACUGUUGUUUUCAGUUAUGGCAAGAGCCAAGUAUUUAAGUACCUACAAGUUUUGCUUUGUUAUUAUUCUUUUAACUCCAUGCGUGUAUCUGUGUAGAGUUCAGGAGUUAUAGAAUGCAGUAUAACAAGUAGUUCAUCUCAAAGGUCUUUCGAAAUGAUUACUUCCCAGACAUUAAUCCAUUAAUUAUUAUUCCUAUGUCAAUUUAAUUCACUUAAGAAAAUCAUUGGUCAAAAUAUGCUAACUUAAUUUUCAUAGUAUGCAAGCUUAAUCCCAGUGCAGUACAUGGAGGUUCUUUCUGAUAUUGCACAACAUUAUUAAUAUCUUCUUUGCAGGGUUCCUUUUUUCCUGCUUUCAGUUAAGCAGGACAUCCAAUAUUACCACAGGUGCUACUGUUGGAAUAUUUCUUCAAAAAGAGCUGAUUGUCUCUGAAUUUUUUCCAAGUGCUUGUAAGUUUUGUUGUCUAUUUUAGAAUAGUUUAGCUUAAGCAGUUUUUAAAGAUUUUUUUAGUGAUGUACGCAAUAAUUUUAUAGUGAACUUUACUUUAAAUUAAAAAAUGUAUGACUUAGUCCACAUAUCUCUGUAAAUCAUGUAUUACCUUUAACCCUUUAAGCCACAAUAUCCACAUACAAAUUCUUUAGACUGAUCUCCGUACAUUUUACAAAGUAUUAUUUGGGGAAUCUAGUUAAAGAUCAAAGCAUUUUCCCUUUUGUGUUCAUGUCAUAAAUUCUCACAACAUUUUCUCUUGAAAGUGUGUUGAGAAAAUUCAUGUUGGUCAUUCUUAAAGGGAUUAAUAUCUAAUGUCACACUGUACAUUUUUAGUGUAGUGAUUUUCAUAAUAAACGUAUGUUUCCAUUUGGGAGACUAAUGCCCGUAUUUUUAUAUCUCAUUCAGCUGGCCAGACAAAGGUAAAAUUUAUAGCCUCUAGGUUAGGAUCACCAGAUCUUCCUCCCUGGUUACAAAUAGAGCAAGAUGGGCCGAAAGAUAGAGCCUUCAUUUAUGGCACUCCAGGACCUGAAGUCUCAAGUCAAAUAGUUUUGGAGGUACAAUGUAAAAUAACCGCUUCAUAGACCUUUAGCAAAAAGCACACAAAUGACCCUUAAGAGUGAAAAGGAUACAAGGAUAAUAGUUUAACAGAACCUGCUCACUGGAUAGUAAGCCAUCCAAGCCUUCAUUUUAAUCACAAAGCUUUGUGUGCCAUUGAGCCAAGCAUUCGUAGUUUAAUUAUGCCACUGAAAAUUAACCAAAAUGACUGGACUAGAAGACUUUCAAGAUGUUUAAAUUAACUUAGGAAGGCUUCACCCAAUCACAUCCAUAGCUUAAUGAUCAGAUUGGAUGCUUGGAUGGCUUGCAUCCAGUGAGCCAUUGCUUAGUGGUAUCCAGGUAUUUGACCAAGUUCUGCAAAGGGGGUAUAAGUAAAUGAGUCACAAAUCCAACAACCAAAACACAACAUUUUGUCCUUCCACAAUUUGUUUGGUGUAAUUGCUGGGUUUUUGUCACCCUUAAACGGUAGAUGAUGUAACUGUAUCAAUAGUUAUUUAUGGUUUUAGGUCACUGCAUGGAACAAGGAGGAUUACAACACAUCAAGAAAAGAGAUUGUUAUUAGCAUAGAUAAAUCCAAAGGUGUGUUUCAUUUAGCAUUACAUGUGGUCUAGUGCUUUCCUUACAACAUUGUUGUAGUUGGAGACAUAACAUAUUCAAGUUUGACAUUAUAUGAGCCUCAGUCUUUGUCAGACUUAAUUGUAAUUCGUUUGAAGGCUAUAAAAUUGAAUCUUGAAAACAUUUGAUUAUGUCAUUGGAUUCCCUAAUGGGAGUGGCUUCCUUACUCAGGGAUGUCAUUAAGAGGCAGGGGCAGGGGAUUUCCCCUGCUGGCUACUUUCAUAGGAAUUAAAAUAGAAGAAACAUAGCACUAAAAGAAAUCCCUAGCUGUUUUAUUCCCCGCCUACUUGUUGUAUUUACCUGGCAACUUGAAAUCUUAGUGACAUCUCUGCUUACUGCACACGUCUGUUUGCAUGUAGUAUGUACAACUGUAACAGCUGGCCCUGUUGCGUGCUUCCUUAUCCUCUGCUUCUUGUCUUGGUUAGUCUUAAUUCUUCCAUAAUCAGUUAAUGUGGGCCUUGGACUACAGUACAUAUCCCAUAGUGUCUGAAAUAACGAUCAGUUCUCAAUAUGCCAUUCAGGAAUUCCACGAUACCAAGCAGAAUUCUUGAUAAGAAACAGCAGCAUUGAUGAGUUUUUAGAGGGAAAAGGGACUGAAGACUUUGUUGAAAGAGUGAAAAAAGUCUGGCGACCCAGUGGAAUAAGGGUAACAUCAGUGGAAUCAAAACUAAACAGGGCUGGAAGAGUACCAAUUCCCCCACAGAAGGAAGGGUAAGUGAAGUCUUCUCUUGUUUGUUCAUGUAUUAUAUUUUGUCCACCUGUUUUUAUAAAGGGUGGUUCAGAAAACUUAUUUGAGAAGAAAAGGGUGAGGAUUACUACAUACAGCUGUAAACUCUUGCCUGCUUGAGAAAUGGGCUCUGGUCAAUACAGAUUUCACUGAAAACAUUUUAAAUUUGUGUGCAAUUAAAAUAAUAUUAUACUCUCUUAUUUGGUUUGAAAAUUUACAAGCCAGUUUAAAUUUUGUUUCCCUUUGUCUUGUAUUUUAAAGCCUUAAUUGUUUUUGUAAUUUGAACUCAAAUAGAUUGAAAUUGAUAAGCAUUUCAUUUCAUUUCUUUUCAUUUUAUCGGUUAAUUCAGAAUUACCUUUUUUUCACUGCCUACAAAUAGCAAAGGCUAGUCUAGGUGGGCAGUGUCUCUAUAAAACAAAAUAUGUUCUCCAAAUAGACUGUUGUGUUUUUCUAUCUGUUAAUGACUAGAUUUCUCCCCAUGCAGAAUGCAGGCUAUUAAAAUUUAAUUAUCAUUGUGAUGCACACUGUGUAGAAUGAAAAAGUAACUUAAGCCCAUCGUUAUUUGAGUGGUAUUCUGUCUUGUUGGCAGUGUCUACAUAACUGUUGGUGGUGAUUCAACCUAUAAAGCCUUGCAAAGUGAUUACCAAGGUUGUGCUGGAUUACGUUCUCAAGCAAACCAACAUUUCUUGCCAUAUGAUAUUGACUGGUGCAAGUUUAGACUGGUAAGUCAAUGAUUUUUCUCUGCUCUCAACAUCCUUGUGCAAAUCAGCAUUGCUGCAGUGAAUGCACUCAACAAGUCGGGCUUGUAAACAGUAUCCAUUAUACAGUUUAGGUCAGAGAUAGGUGAAGAACACGGAUGCAGUGCAGAUGCAUUUACCUAUAAUUGCAUGAAAUUUUGGCGACACUCUAAUUUAGCGAAUAAAAUGCACCAAAAUUAAGUGUCGCUAAAUUUAAAUCGUCACUUAAUUAAAGUGAGUACAAUAUGAAAUUCUGCCAUCUGGUUAGUUUCACACACAUAUGCUAUUUGAUGGUCGGUACCUUAAAUAUGAGUGAGGACAGCAUUAACAUAUGAUAUUACAGUUAGAGUUUCGUUUGUUAGUUCAAAAUUAAGUGUCCAAAUGUUACAAUGAUUUUGAUUUUAAUGAAGCUAUUAAUGAUUAUUGUUAUUUUUAUCACAUAAUCGUAAAAGUAUUGAAUACCUUAAUUUGCCAAAGUUUCAGUUUGUGAAAUCAUGAAAAUUAAGUGACUUAUGUUCCAAAAUUUACAAAAAAUUGCUAAGUUAAAGUAGUGCUAAAUAAGGAUUUUAUUUACGCACAAAAAUUAUACGCGAAAAGGUAAAAAUUACACAACAGUGGAAAUCUACCUUACUCAAACAUUAAUUAACCAAAAAACACUUUUAAGUGUUAAGGAUUUUUCAAAAUCGCUCAAUUAAUUGGUCGCCAAAAUUUCAUGUAAUGAGGUAUGCUCAGGGUAAAAUCUUAAUUUCUCAGGUUAAACCAGAGUUUCCUUUCUUUCCAAUGAAUAAUUAGGGCUAGGAGGCAAAGGAAAUUCUGAAUCAAGCUAUUGUAGGUUGAAUGCUGAUUUAACCUGAGAUAAAUUUUACCUACAACAUAUACAUGUUGCAGGUCAAAAUUAAAUUCCUGUUAAAAUUCUUUUAACCCAGGUUGAUUCUCAGUUUCCUUUAUCUCCUAGCCCUGAUUAUUCAUGAAUUUUAACCUGAAUUUAAUUUUGACCUUUAACAUACAAAUAACAGCAAACAAGCAUUAUGCAUCAACUCAGGCUUUUCAGGCCUGGAAAUGUUUUUUCCUUUAUUGUCUGCCAUCACAAGUUUACUUUGUCUGGCAUUGUUGGACAAAACAAAAGAACACAUUGGAGAGGUACAAGUCAACAACAACAACAUUUGCAUGUUUUGAAAACUCUUUUGGCCUAAAAUUGCAUGCUAUCAUGCUCUACGUAAGAAGUCAGAUAUAGUUACUAAAAAUAAUUCCUUUCAAUUCAGAUAAUUAUGCAUUUUAUGAGCUUUUUAGGAGAUAUACAGCUGUAUAAAAUUAUAUGUACUAAAUAAUGUUAUUCAACUUGAUUGCCCUUUUAUGUACAUUGCUAUAUGCAUAACCUUAAUAUUCAGAGAAUGUACAUUGUAAAAUGCUAACAAAAAACAAUAUUACAUGGCAUUAUUAAAAUACUGUAGUGAUAAUAAGGGAUAAUCGAACCAUUAGUUUCUUUGCUCCUCCAAUUUAUUUACAUUCUAUUUACUUAACAGAUGGAUAUGAGCAAAAUGGCUGUGGUUGUUGGUAAUGUCACCAAAUCAGCACCCAGUGGAGAGGGUUUUGUAGAAUCUAAAUAUGUAGCACCAGUGUAUGACUCUUCUGCCAGAGAUUUUGGCAGUGACUUUCUCCUAAUAUUGAUUCUGCCGCUUCUUGUGGUCUUCGUCAUUGCCAUUAUCCUUGGCAUCAUCUUCUUCUGCUUCCGUGAAGGAAGGUCAGUGCCUUGGCCUUAUUUUGUAAGGGAGCUGUGCUUUUAUUUUUAAUUAAUUACGGGGCUCUUUACAUGGAGGGAGGAAGAUGCCAGCACCAGGAAGAUCCUGGAGGGCAGAUCAUCCAAGCACUGCAUGUUUUCUGUAUUCAGUUUGUAUGCAAAGGGUUGUCAGAAUGUUUUGAAGUAGAUGGCUUAGUUGUCAAAGUAAGCGGCCAGUUCCAGAGCCUCUAGGGGGGUCUGGGGGCAUAUUCCCCCAGAAAAUUUUUAUAUUUAGACGCUCUGAAAUGCUGUUUUCUGUACUCUCCAGGCAAUUUUCUCUCCAAAAUUACUAAAAAUCUAAAGUGAAUUAUAAGGUUAAUUACCGAGUGUGGCAUUAAAUUUAACUGCAAGUGACACAUAAAUACUUGCUAUAGUUUUCAGGAGAUGUUUCUUUUCCAGUCCAGUGAUAUUUUAAAAAAAACGCAAUCUGUAAAGAAAUACUAAUCAGAGUAGCUGGCUGAAACUAACCAAGUAGGCAGCAAUUUUUGGCGGCAGCGGGUUAGUUUUGACGACCCUGGGUUGCACUUGUGCCUAGCGCUGGAUUUUCCAAGCACUAGGAUCUUCCCAGAUGAGAAGUACAUGUAGGAAGAGCCUAGUACCAUGUAAACUGCUUUCACCAGGAAGAUCCUUGUACUAGGGAUUAACAAGACGAAAAAAAAGGUGGCAGGUUGUUCAGUGGAUAACCAUGGCAUAAAUGCUGUCAAUUUCGUUUGGCCCCACCAGUUGUAAAGAACUGCCAUUUCUUACUGAAAAAUGUAGUUAUUAACAGUAGUGAAGAAAGCAGAGGGGCCCAAAUUGCAUGUUUGUUAUUGUCACCCAUCAUCUUACAUGUAAUUUCCUUUUCCGCUUGUUAAUCACACGACAUACAGGCUAAAAUUUCUGCAUGUAAACCCAACAAAAAGUUGUUUUGCUUUCUAGGGUCUUCCUCCCUCCCUGUAACCAGCCCCUAAAUUUUAAGAUUCAUUCCUGGUCACCCCUUCUCUUCUACAGCCAAAUAUCUACAGUUUAAGCUCUCCAAGUGACCACUCUUGUAAGGGACCAGCUCUAGUUAUGACCACCUUUGUAAACCCCAGUUUAAACUGUGAUUUUAGCCUUGUAAUAGAAAGCUCUCAUAAACGACUGCUUCGGGAAGCGACUGCAACCACUUUUGGGAUUACUCAAUUCGACUUGUCCUUUGUUUUCAAGCUCUCUUAAGUUGCCAAUUGAAGUCUUUGUCACAUAAAUCAACACUCUAAUGAAACUGCACUUUGCACCAAUGGUCUGAAAAUUGGGCAUAAAGUUUAGCCAUGUCUAUACCAGAUAAAAAGACACUCAUUAAACAUUAAUUUCUUUUAUUUUUUCUUUAUGAAUUUAUUAUUAAAGAGUUUCAAAAGCUCUUGUAAGCAACCACCCUCUAUUGUUUUACCAUGGGGUAGCUUACAAGAGCUCAUUCUCGUAGGCAACCAGCUCUAGUUACGACCACUUUUUCAAAUUUCCAAGGUGGUUGCUUACAACAGCUUCAACUGUAUUAAGCACAGCCACCCUUGGGGAUGGGACAAGUGGCCUCUUAACCCUUUAAGCCCACUUAAAGAGGUAGUUGAGAGAAUUUGAUAAAAGAUCAAAGCAUUUUCUCUUAAGCAAUCAUUUCAUUAAUUCUCAUAACCUUAUAUCUUGACAAGGUAUGGAUAUCGUUAGGAGAAAAUUGAUCUUGGUCAUCGUUGCGGCUUAAAGGGUUAAUAUUAUUUUAGGUCCACGGUUGCUUUUGAAACAGGUUCUGUUUCAAGCGAUUUACUGACAAUAGUUUUCCAUGUAUGCUUAAAUUGAAUUUCUAUUUUUGUACUACAAUUUGUACUUAGGGUUACAUUAACAGGUGUUUAUAAAUUGUACUUGGUUUGCUUUAUAUAUGGGAAUGUCCUUUGAAAACAGUUGAGUUUGUGCCAGGGUACAAGAAAGAACAGUUCAUUGUAGCUUUGGAACCCUUCAGGAGAUAUUUUAAAAUUGGUGUAAUCCAUAAGAGUUGUUCCUCAUUGGUAAUUGUUGAUUAAAUUACACAAUGUAGCCUGUUUUAUUUUACGUACUAUUCUUUAGAUUUUUAUUUUUUCUUGAUGUUCACUACGUAUUUUUUUUAAUAUUUUAUCAGGCCAAAGAGGGAUGCUGAGACUUCAAGGUUUGUUCCUCAUUCUUCUUCCUUUUUAACAUUUACAUGUACCUUAUUCUCCUUAAUUUUCGCGGGUUCUUAAAUUCGCGAUUUUCACGAUUUUAAAAAAUUCGCGCACUUUAAGAUCUGCGAAAAAUAACGACCGCGAACUUUGAUCUCGCGAAAUUUAAUGGACAUAGAAAAAUCAUGUAUUUGUGUUUUCAAGGGUCCUAAACAAUUUUUGACCCAAAGUGUUAGUACAAGGACGAUAGUAGAUAGUUGAAAUCUACAAUUAGUCACAGUUCUAAGCGGAGUUCAAGAAGAAGCCGUAGACUCAUUAGUAGAAGCGUGUCAAGGAGGCUAUGUAAGAAACAUCAGUCGUCAAAUUGACCAUCCUCUCCCGGCUCCUUGUAAUGUAUAGUUACGAGUGCCAUGUAUCUUUCCAUUAUUGCCCUGUUCCUUGUUGUAUCGUCCAUUUCACAUAUCACCUCAACAGGGACAGCAUAUUGGUUUUGUUUCAAUAGUUGAUUAAUGUAAAAUUUUUGUAAAAAAGAAAAAAUAAAGUCACUUAAUCGUCAAUUUCGUGAAAUUACAUUCCCUGCAAACACAAUUUUUCUCAGCGAUCGCGAAAUUAAAGACUUGUGAAAUGUGCCGAGAAAAUUUUCGCGAAAUUUAAGUCCCGCGAAAACAAAGGAGAAUAAGGUAGAAGGUUUCCAGAUGGUCAUGUUAAGAACAAAUAAAAUAAAAAUCAGUUUACAAGUUAUUGCUCCAUAUGGUUUCUUUGUAUCUAAAGCAUUUAUCUCAGAUUUGUCUCAUAUUUUUUGUGUUCAGUAAAUUAAAUGGUUAUAUUAUGGUAAAAAAAAACUGUCACGAUAGUAAUAUAUUUGUCCAGGAUAAAGUGAAUAAAGAAACAAAUUUUUCAAAUUGAACAUAUGCAUUUAACUUGUUUAAAGACUCAACUGUAAGGAUGCAAACCAGUUGGCUAAAUACAAAUGUGACCCAGGGGUUGAACUCAGCACCCCCAAAAACAAAAUUUCUCCUUCUCAAGGCCAGAGAAUAUGAGGAUUUAAGUCUCAGAGACUGCAUGAAAUCUUGAACACCAACCACUCAGCAAUGAUGCCUGAAUAAACACAUUUGAGUGUUCAAAUUAAUAUGAGCAGAUUUGAUAUAUUAGUUGACCAUUGAUUUUUGUUUUAACAUUUUUACUAGUUCCCAGUUGUCUCAUCAUGAUUCAAUAUUACGGGCAACAUUCCGGUUGCGUCAGCUGUCCCAUCAGAAUGGUGAUGCUAGUCACAAUGGUUCAGCUGGUCAUGACCCUGGCCAGCCAAGAGAGUCCUCAACUCCUUACAAACAGUAAGGAUUUUUCAUUUACAUGUAGUUUAUUUGCUAAUAUGUACUACUCACCUAGACUGUUUGCUGUCCCCUAUGUUUUGAAGGUCAUCAAGAUCAAGCACAUUGUGCAACUUGUUGCCCUCUUGGAGAUGUUAGUUAAAUGGGAAUGGGGAACAGGGAACGGGGAACAGGGAAUGGGCAACAGGGAAUGGGGAACAGAGAAUGGGGAACGGGGAACGGGGAACAGGAAAUGGAAGAUGGGGAACAGGGAAUGGAGAACAGGGAACUGGGAACAGCGAAUGGGGAACAAGGAACGGUGAACAGGGAAUGGGGAAUGGGGAGUGAGGAACAGGAGGCAUAAGGGAACAGGAAAAUGAAAAAUGAGAGGGUGUGUUAUGUAUAUCUCUCUUUUAUCUGCAUAAUAAAAUAUUCUUUACAUCAUACUCAGCCUUAUUUCAAAAGCAUUAUUAUUGGUUGAUGCUUGGUUAUUAACAGAUUUCCACCACCAAGCCAACAUGAUGAGGAACCUGAUGCCCCAUUAGGAGCUCCCCCUCCAUACCGCCUGCCUCCACAACCUGCUGUAAACAUAUCAUCACCAGAUGGAAACAAUCAGUAUUAUCCAGGAUCUGCUCAAGGUGACUGAUGGCUUGGUAACUCAGUUGUGAGUAGGAUUCUUUGAUUUGUUAAGCCGCUGACUCAGCAGAGUGGAAAACAGGCUGGAUAGCACUGGAGAAUGCCACCAAAAUGUUUGAAAGGCCCAAAUAGUUAUUGUUUUCAGUCUGUCUAGUACGCAAGAUGAACGCAGCUGGAGGGAAAUCUCAUAUUAUAACCCUUUAAUCCCUAACAUCCACAUACAAAUUUCCCAGACUGAACCCCAUACAUUUCCCUAGAAUUAGUUAAGAGAAUUUGAUAACAAAUCAAAGCAUUUUUUCCUUUGGUGUUCAUUUAUUUUCAUAACCAUUUCUCUUGACUGUGUAAUGAUGUCGUCUUAAUAGGAUAAUUUUAAUUAAAAAAAAGUCUCACAUGAUUAACUCGAUGUCUGUCAAAAGAGGAACAGUGCCCCAUUGAUGAGUAGUUAUUAUAUUAAUGCAUUAAAUUUGUACUUUUUACUAAAUUUUCGCAAGUUUCAAAAUUAGAAUAACAAGAAUUAGGUUCUCCGAGAAAACUCACAUUCCACAGCAUCCAUUUCAAACACAAUCUCGCGUUCAUGCGCAAGUCCAUCAAAUAUGUCACGUGGAACAACAAGGCUAAUGGUCAACACACUAGUUAUAAUAAACAUUCUCAUGCGCUACCUGUUUUCCACUUCUGUCACUGAGUAUCUAACAUAAUCACCCCCAUACGAGCUACAUGUAACUACUAAACCAGUGCGCUUUAUCUCUUUUCAUUAUCUUGUAUCGGCGUGCAACCUAGUCACUUUGGCAGUCACUCAUUUGAACACUUUUUGCCAUUCACAUCAGUACACAAAGUACUAACACUCAGCCAGGACAUUGUGAGCAAACUGAUCCAUUGAAUUUCCAUCAUUUGUAAAAGUUUCUAUUUUUCUUUCUCGAUACCAGUAAAAAUCAAAUCAACUUACUGCCAAACGCUAUUAAAAGAGUGUAUGGUGUAACCGUUCUCGUACGUUUCAGUUCAAAUGGACAAUUUCAUUUCUGGAUCAGUAAAAAUGAAGAAUCCGGAUCGACGCAAUAAGUUAUAAAAUCGCGUAAACGCAAAAGCAGAUAUCUUCGUUUACACAUUAAACGAGAAUUUUUUUUCUUGUAUCUUUCAGGCAGAUCAAGAUACGAACGACCGCCUCCAUUUAUGAGUAGUGGCGAUGUACACUGA